AUGACCGCUGUAGCCAACGCAGGCUCUACCUCGGGGUCCGAAGCCGACGCGCCGGGGAUCCGCGACCGAUCCUGCAACGUCUGUCACCAGCGCAAGAUACGAUGCAACAGGAAACAGCCAUGCGCUGCAUGCAGUCGUCGCGGAGUUCCCUGUGUUUACCCGUCUUCAGUGAAGCCAUCCCGGCGUGCCAAGGCGACGACCGUGGCCGACAUUGUGCGCCGCAUCUCCGGGCUCGAAACCACUCUCGUCACGGCGGCGGGGGUUUGCAUCCAGCCCGAUAGCCCGGCCACACCCCAAGGUGGCUUUGGCGAGGACGUCUUGGUCCGACAUGAUUCUUCAAGCCGCUAUUUUGAUGAAGCGAUCCUUUCCAAGAUUAUCAAACUGGAACACGAUGUCCGCUCGUAUUUGUCAGUUUCGGAAGCACAGUCCGCUCCUCUGACGACUCCAUCACCAUUCGUGCCGAUAGGGAUCAUCUCUGAGCCUUUUCCCAUCGACUUGAUGUCGUCAUUGCACCCCGAAAGGUCAAGAGCAAUCCUUCUAUGGACGAAUUACGUCAACAACAUCGAGCCUUAUGCGAAGAUUCUCCACGUUCCGACCGAUGAGGCGACUGUCUACAAUACGAUAGCCGAGCCCAAUCGUGCAAAACCUGAAAAUCUGGCGCUAUGUUUCGCCAUCUACUUCGUCUCAGUCGCUGUCCCUGAUGGUGCCGUCCGCCGCGGUCAAGAGGAAAGAAUACUCAAGCUUCAUCGAUUUAGAAAAGGGUUGGAGCAAGCUCUGGCGCAUGCCAACUUCCUCGAGCGUCCGACGAUCACGUUACUCAAAGCGCUUGGGAUAUAUCUUGUAGGACUGCGACUUUACAAUCAUGGAAGAUGCGUCUGGACUCUAUAUGGCCUCGCUAUACGAGCUGCCCAGUCUAUUGGUCUCCACCGCGAUGGCCAGAAUCUAGGUCUGUCGCCUUUUGAAACUGAGAUACGACGAAGGCUGUGGUGGUACUUUAUCGUUCGGGACGGCAAGACAGCCGAAGACUACGGCCUCCAGAGUACAUCCAGUCUUAACCUCAUCGCUGAGGCCGAGCCGCCUCGCAAUCUCGACGACGGCGAUAUCUACAGGGAUAUGGAAGAACUGCCACCCGCACGGGAGGUGUGGACUCCAAUGAUUAUCUAG